AUGAAAGGUUUUCUGCACAGUCAAGAUGGCUCUUAUGCCUUCCCUCUUGGUCCUAAAGUGACAACAAUUGGACGAGAAAAUUGUGACAUUAGUAUUAAUAGUCCUCAAGUUGAUAAUCAACAUGCAUUAAUAGAAUAUGAUGAUGAACAACGUUGUUUUAUUUUGAAAGAUCUUAAUUCAUCAACAGGUACUUAUGUACAUGAUUGUCGUGUUCAAAAUGCAGCUGUUCGAUUGAGUCAUGGAGAUUUCAUACGAUUUGGUUUUAAUGGUUUGCCACUUGAAUUUCGAAUUGAGCAACAACAACAACAGCAAUUAGAAACAACAAUGCCAUCAAUAUAUCAAAGACAAUCAUCAUCAAAUUCUCUUCAACUCAUAACACAAACCAUUCCAUCACGAAGAGUAACAAGUGGAAUAACAAAUCAUCAACAACAAAUUGAUGUUCGACAAAAUCCUGGAUUUUCACUUAGAGGUCGACCAUCAAGUGCAGGAACUAAAAGGACGUCAGCUAUUAUAACAAAUACAUCUAGUCAUGGUUCAAAUGGCAUACGUGAUUCUGUUGUUCGUGCUAAUGCUUGGACAAUUAACAAUACUUCGAAUCCUGGUCGAGGUGUUAUAAAUGGAAAUUUUAGUGGUGAAUUAGAAGUGCCUUGUCAAGAUAACAGUGAAAUAACAAAUCGUGUUGAUCAACUUGAAAAAGAAGUUAAAGGACGUGAUGCAGAAAUUCGUGAAUUAAAUGAUCGACUUCGUAGUUUAGAACCAAUGAGUUCAACAUUUACAAAUGAAGUUCAUACAUUAAGAAGUGAAUUAGAAAAAGUUAAACGAGACAAACAAGCAGCUUCAGGACUUAUUUCAAGUCUUCAACGUGAUCUACAUUCAAAAGAGUCAGAUUUGGCUAAAUUAACACGAGAAAUCGAAGGAUUAAAGACUGAUGGUCGCGAUAAAGAUCUUCGAUUACAAUCACUGCAAGCUAAACUCAAUCUACUUCGUGAUCGUGGUCGUGCUGAAGAAGAUCGAUUCACAAAAGAAAAAGAACUUGUAAAUCUUCGUAAUAAAAUCAAAUUAGCUGAACAACAAAUUAAUGAAUUAAAUGAAAGUGUUAAUCGACUUAAAUCUCAAUUACAAGAUACAGAAAAACAAUUAUUAAGAUUAAAUCAAAAUGAACAAAAAUUAAAACAAGAAUGUGAACACGCACGUGAACAACUCGCAGAAGUUCAACGAAAUGAAACUACACUUAGAGCCGAUCUUGCGAAUGCACAAGAAAAACAUAAUGAAUUUUGUAUAAAUAUAUGGAAAUGUUUUUCAAAUGAUAAUGAUGAUGAAUAUGACGAGGAUCAACAUAAUAUUAUUGAACAAAUUCAACAAAUUCAACAACAAUUAGAUCAAGCUCGAAGUGAAAUUGAACGUCAACGUGAUAUUAAUUCAUCUUCAAAUGAACAAUUUAGAGUUUCACUUGGCAAAUUUAUUGAUAUACUUACAAGUGCAAUGCAAGAACAAACAACAGCAAAUAAUCUUUUACAUGCUCGACAACAAAUGAUUGAACUUGAGGAAUCGGCUGAUAAUGAUAGUAUUGUUGGAAUGUUCAAACGAGCAGCAAUUAAUGCUGUUGAUAGUCAUGCAAAACUUCUAUCUGGAAUUAAUAAUUUAGUUAUUAAACGUGAUGAUCAACAAGAGGAUUUAUCUAUUAAUGAAAUUUUGGCUAUAAUUCAUCGUCAAUAUGAAGAAUUACGACGUGAAAAGGACAAUUUAUCAUCUGAACAUACAUUUCGUGAACAAACAUUCCGUUCUGAAUUAGAACAAAUUACAGCAGAAAAAGAUGCUUUUUGGCAACAACGUUUUAAUGAUGAAUGUGAUCGUCUUCGUCAAGAAAAUGCUCAAUUACAAAAUGCAUAUGAUGAGCAAACACGUUCAUUCACCGAUCGUUUAGAAAUAGCAACAGCACAAAAUAGUGAAUAUCUUCAGCGAUGGAAUAUUCUUCAAACAGAAUCAUCUCAAAAAAUUGAUGAACUAACAACAAAACUACAAGAAUAUCAAUAUGAAUUAACUGGACAUAAAGAACAACAAAAUAAAUUAACAGACACAAGUGAACAACAGAGAGAAGAGUUAAUUCGAAUUGAAAAAGAAAAAAAUGCAACUAUUCAAGAUUUAAACGGACAAAUUGAAGUUUACAAAGAUCAAGUUCGACAAUUUUCAAAAACAAUUGUACAAUUAGAAAAAAAUUUAGCUGAAGAACAAGAAAAACGUACGAAAGUUCAAACUGAAUUAGAUAAUGUUGACAAACAUAGAAAAGUUAAUAGACUACCGACACCUCCAGCUCCUGUUGAAACAGUAGUGCCUGUAGUGUCUGUUCUAACUGCACCGAUUGCUGAUCUCAGUCAAGAAUUAUUUGCACAUAAAGCACGUAUCCAAGAACAAGAACAAAUAAUUAUUUCAUUACGACGUGAUUUAGCUGGUAUGACAGCACGUUUAUCAGAUGUUCAAGGUGAACUGAGUGAAAAACAAAAACGAGCUUUAGAAAAAAGUGAAUUUACAAUACGUGAACAAACCAAAGAAUUAAAUGAUACAAGAUUAAAAUUAUCAAAAUUAAGUGAUAUUGUUGAUAAACAAUCUACACAAAUUGAAUCAUUACAAUCAGAUCUAUCAAAAUCUAAAGUAUUAGCAAAUCAAUAUCAAUUAUUAGUUGAUCAACGUCAAGCUGAUAUUGAUCGUUUGACAAAAUCUCUUGAAGAAAAAAAUUUACUCGUCGAACGAGUUGAAAAAACAAAUCAAAAUGAAGGUCGUAUAACUCAUGAACUUGUUGCUAUUGGUGCACAGUGUAAAGGUGAACGACAUGAACAAACAAUUGGACGACAACGUGAAGCAUUAAAUGAAUUACGUGCAAGAAUUAAAUCAUUAGAACAAUCACGACCAGCUAAUCCAUCGUAUGAAAAAGUUUUACAACAAGUUGUCUUACUUAAACGUGAAUUAGCUGAGUUACGUGCACGACAAGCUUUACCAACAGAUAUACCUUAUUUAACAACAACACCAGGUUCGAAUUCUUUUAAUCAAACAUCAACAACUUCAUUCCGUCAAUCACCAUCAGGAGCCAAUACAUCAGAUAUAACACCUGAAGCACAAAAAAUUAUUGAAGAACGUACUGCUCAUGCNAAGGAAAACAUUAACCAUUAA